AUGGCGAGAGACAGAACUCAGGGACAAUUAGCAAUCCAUAAUGAGGCAACACUACCGCCACAGGAAAUAAUAGAUCUUUUCAAGAUAACGUUCAAUGACGAACUUUAUCAAUCGGAUGAAAGAUUUGAACAAUUAUUAAAGGAAAUCAAAAGCGUUAAAUCGGAUCUCUAUAAUAGAGAUUACAUCGAGGCAUUCAGUUCUGAUCCAAAGAGAGUUGCAUAUUGUUGUAGAUGGUCGCCUCCAAGAGCCACCAGUUAUGGUUCAUUACUAUCUCAUCUCGAGCCCGUUUUGAACGUCAUUCAAUGUCAUGAUGGCGCUGACCAAAAUGUUUUAUGUGUUGGUGGAGGUGCUGGAAGUGAAUUUGUCUCUAUUGCUAGUAUGUUUACUACAUCAAGGGAACUGACUUCUAAAUAUCAUGUCAAAGAAAUUGAUGGAGAUGACAUGGUCAAGAAAUCAACUUUAAAUUUACAUCUUGUAGAUAUUGCAAAUUGGAGAACGAUAAUUAAGAGGUUAAAUGAUUCGAUCGAUGAGAAAUGGUUAUAUAAUAAUGAAUCUGACUUUUUCAAAGUCAAGUUCACAGAAAAUGAUAUAUUGAAAAUGAAUGAGACAGAAUUAGAUUUACCAAAUCUAAAUUUAAUAACUUUAUUGUUUACUACGAACGAAUUAUUCUCUGAACAUAAGGCUGAAAGUAUUAGGUUUUUCCAAAAAAUGAAUAGGUUUUGCAGCAGUGGUUGUUAUCUCUUAAUAGCAGAAAGUGCUGGUAGUUUUUCUCAUAUUACUGUGGGGACUAAAAAGUUCCCCAUUCAAUUCUUAAUUGAUACUAUAUUAGUGGGUAAGAAAGGCCAAGAGGAUGAUGGUGCAUGGGAAAUUGUCGAUCAGAACGAUAGCAUUUGGUACAGAGGUGAUUUGAAAUUGGAUUACCCCAUUAAACUAGAAAAUAUGAGAUUCUUCUAUAGACUGUAUAAGAAAAAAUAG